AAUCCUUAGAAACCACUGCGGCGAAUUGUGUUUGUGUGAAAGUACCCAAUGGGAUCGUAUUUUCUGAUAUGCAAGAAAAUUCCGCCCGAGUGUCAGUUCUGCGUUGAGUGAACGCCGUGUGGGAGUGGCUGGUGGAACUGUGCAGGGAGAAGAGGCGCUUUGUGGAACAGGAACGGUCUGCCAAAGUCCCAGUUUGGUUGAUCAAGGACCACUGCCACUGGCUUGUAGGUGGUGGCUAAUCCCAUCAUUAGCUUCGAAGAGGGGCUGUUGCCGUCUGGUGGGUGCAUUUGUGUUUAAAUGGUCUGGACACUAAUGGGAGAUGGGCAGCUGCUUUAGCAAAGACAAGAGGGAUGUGAAGAGAGACUUGGUCUCUGGAUCAGCGCCAGCUGAUCGUCAUGCUUUUCACACUGCCCUUGAUGUCCCCAAUCAGCAAUCAACAGCAAAUAGUCAGUUAGCACAACAACCAAGUGAUGCUGGUGGGAGGUAUUUAGUAGAAUCACGUUUGAAUGGGCCACCAUUGCCAUCUGUACCAGAUAGCACACUUGCUACAGCAAGCAAUGCUAAGGUUUUUGUUGCUUUGUAUGACUAUGAUGCAAGAACAACUGAAGAUUUGAGUUUCAAGAAAGGGGAUCAUCUGGAAAUAUUGAAUGAUACUCAGGGAGAUUGGUGGUAUGCCAAGAGCAGAACAACAUAUCAAGCAGGCUACAUCCCAUCUAACUAUGUCGCAAAAUUGAAGUCCAUUGAAGCAGAGCCAUGGUACAAUGGCAAGAUCAAGCGGAUCGAGGCGGAGAAGAAGCUGCUGCUGCCAGAGAACGAGCAUGGCGCCUUCCUCAUCCGCGACUCUGAGUCGCGCCGCAACGACUACUCUCUGUCGGUGCGCGACGGCGACACGGUGAAGCACUACCGCAUCCGACAGCUGGACGAGGGCGGCUUCUUCAUCGCCCGCCGCACCACCUUCCGCACGCUGCCUGACCUGGUGGAGCACUACAGCCGCGACGCGGAUGGACUCUGCGUCAACCUUCGCAAGCCCUGCAUCCAGGUCGAGAAGCCAGUGACGGCCGGCCUGUCGCACGACACGCGCGACCACUGGGAGAUUGACCGCACUUCGCUCAAGUUCGUGCGCAAGCUGGGCCAGGGCCAGUUCGGCGAGGUGUGGGAGGGCCUCUGGAACAACACUACGCCCGUGGCCAUCAAGACCCUGAAGCCAGGCACCAUGGACCCGAGGGACUUCCUGGCUGAGGCGGCCAUCAUGAAGAAGUUGCGAGACGCGAAACUCAUCCAGCUGUACGCCGUCUGCACGCUGGAGGAGCCCAUCUACAUCAUCACCGAGCUGAUGAAGAACGGCAGUCUGCUGGAGUACCUGCAGAGCAUCCGCGGCAAGGCGCUGAAGCUGAACCAGCUGAUUGACAUGGCGGCCCAGAUCGCGGCCGGCAUGGCCUACCUGGAGAGUCAGAACUACAUCCACCGCGACCUGGCCGCGCGCAACGUGCUGGUCGGCGAGAACAGCAUCGUCAAGAUCGCUGAUUUCGGUCUCGCGCGGCUUAUCAAGGAGAACGAAUACGAGGCGCGCGUCGGAGCCAGAUUCCCGAUCAAGUGGACGGCGCCGGAGGCGGCCAAUUACAGCAAGUUCUCCAUCAAGUCGGACGUCUGGUCGUUCGGCAUCCUGUUGACGGAGCUCAUCACCUACGGACGCAUUCCCUACCCAGGCAUGACGAACGCCGAGGUGCUGCAUCAGGUGGAGCACGGCUACCGCAUGCCGGCGCCACCCAGCUGCCCGCCGCAGCUGUACGACAUCAUGCUGCUCUGCUGGAACAAGGACCCGAUGAAGCGGCCCACCUUCGACACGCUGCAGUGGCAGCUGGAGGACUUCUUCUCGCAGGACUCCACCGAGUAUAAGGAGGCGGCCGGCUUCUAGGCGGGCCCCCGUUGUCUGGCCGCUGCUGCGACCCAGUCAUGUUCGCCCCUUGCCAGCAACUGCCGCGGCCGGCAGCGCGCCGCCGCUGCCGCUGUCGCCGCCGCCGCCGUCGCCAGCCGUCGCAGCCGCCGCCGCCGAGCUCCGGAGCGGGUCCGGACGUGUCGCCCGCUCACGAGACCAUAGUGGGCUCGCGGCCGCGGCCCGAGCGUCCUUCCCAGGCCGGGUCGGCUCCGGUCGCCCCGCCACAGGUGCUUCAUCCCGUGAUGAGUGUUGAUGCGAGCGGGAGAGAGGCCCGCCCAGUCCUUGGUACGGUUGGAUCGGGGAGGAGGUGUGAGGCUUCGCUAUUGGUGUGGUUUUGGUUUGAGAGAAGAAUCGACUACGUUCUCAGUGUGCAUGUAGUGAGAGGGAAAGAGAGAGAGAGAGAGAGAGAGAGAGAGAGGAGAGAGAGGGAGAGAGAGUGAGCUACGUUCUCAGGCUUGGCUCCGUGUUCUUGGGCGCAGUGGGGGUCUUUAUUGGGUUGCUGGUCCGAUCAGCCAGGGUGGAAGAGAGGGA